CCCAAAUCACUCGAACCCGAGGGAGGUUUCCUUUCACCCUCGCGGAGACGAGAUUUCAACGGUUCCCUCUUCUCCGUCUCCCCCCCAAGCCCCCGUCCCCUCCCCUGCUCCCACCCCCUUCUCCCGGCGCCGGGUGCAAGGUCCCUUUAAGGCGACGGCGCCUUCCUCGGGUCAGACUACCGGCGGCGACGACCACGGGAGCAUGGCGGACACCGACCUGUUCAUGGAGUGUGAGGAGGAGGAGUUGGAGCCAUGGCAGAAGAUCAGUGACGUCAUUGAGGAUUCCGUAGUUGAGGAUUAUAAUUCAGUGGACAAAGCUACCACAGUUUCUGUGAGCCAGCAGCCUGUCUCGGCUCCAGUGCCCGCCGCUGCCCAUGCUUCUGUUGCUGGGCACCUCUCUGCAUCCACCACCGUUAGUAGCAGCGGGGCACAGAACAGCGACAGUACAAAGAAGACUCUUGUCACACUCAUUGCCAACAACAAUGCUGGCAAUUCUUUGGUCCAACAAGGUGGACAGCCGCUCAUCCUAACCCAGAAUCCAACCCCAGGUCUGGGUACAAUGGUUACUCAACCAGUAUUGAGGCCUGUGCAGGUCAUGCAGAAUGCCAACCAUGUGACUAGUUCCCCGGUAGCUUCACAGCCAAUAUUUAUCACUACACAGGGAUUUCCUGUAAGAAAUGUCCGGCCUGUACAAAAUGCAAUGAAUCAGGUUGGGAUUGUGUUGAACGUACAGCAAGGCCAAACGGUUAGACCAAUUACACUAGUCCCAGCCCCAGGUACCCAGUUUGUUAAGCCGACAGUUGGAGUCCCACAAGUGUUCUCUCAGAUGACCCCUGUGAGGCCAGGCUCCACGAUGCCUGUGCGGCCCACCACCAAUACCUUCACCACCGUCAUCCCAGCCACUCUCACCAUUCGAAGCACCGUCCCACAGUCCCAGUCCCAGUCGACCAAGUCCACUCCCAGCACUUCCACCACUCCUACUGCCACACAGCCGACCUCACUGGGGCACCUUGCUGUUCAGCCUCCAGGCCAGUCCAGCCAGACUCAGAAUCCCAAACUAGCUCCCUCCUUCCCCUCUCCACCUGCAGUGAGCAUUGCCAGCUUUGUCACUGUGAAGCGGCCUGGUGUCACAGGUGAAAAUAGCAAUGAAGUGGCCAAACUGGUGAAUACCCUUAACACCAUCCCUUCCCUGGGCCAGAGUCCUGGGCCAGUGGUGGUAUCCAACAACAGCUCCGCACAUGGCUCUCAAAGAACCAGCGGGCCCGAGUCUUCAGUGAAAGUGACCUCACCCAUCCCAGUGUUUGACCUCCAGGAUGGUGGACGGAAGAUAUGUCCACAGUGUAAUGCUCACUUCCGUGUUACUGAAGCUUUGAGAGGUCACAUGUGUUACUGUUGCCCAGAAAUGGUUGAAUACCAGAAGAAAGGAAAGUCUCUGGAUUCAGAACCCAGUGUCCCAUCAGCAGCAAAGCCCCCAUCCCCUGAGAAAACAGCUCCUGUUGCUUCCACUCCCUCUUCUACACCUAUUCCUGCUCUGUCACCACCUACCAAAGUACCAGAGCCAAAUGAGAAUGUGGGUGAUACCGUCCAGACCAAGCUCAUUAUGCUAGUAGAUGACUUCUACUAUGGACGGGAUGGUGGCACAGUAGCCCAGCUCACAAACUUCCCUAAGGUCGCCACAUCUUUCCGAUGCCCACAUUGUACCAAAAGGCUAAAAAACAACAUUCGAUUUAUGAACCAUAUGAAACAUCACGUAGAACUCGAUCAGCAGAAUGGUGAGGUGGACGGUCACACUAUCUGCCAACACUGUUACCGUCAGUUUUCUACCCCCUUCCAGCUCCAGUGCCACCUGGAAAACGUUCACAGUCCCUAUGAGUCAACCACCAAGUGCAAGAUCUGUGAGUGGGCAUUUGAGAGUGAGCCACUGUUUCUCCAGCAUAUGAAGGAUACUCAUAAGCCUGGAGAGAUGCCUUACGUUUGCCAGGUGUGUCAGUACCGCUCCUCACUCUACUCUGAGGUAGAUGUCCACUUUCGGAUGAUCCAUGAGGAUACUCGGCACCUGCUCUGCCCUUACUGCUUGAAGGUCUUCAAGAAUGGCAGUGCGUUCCAACAGCAUUACAUGAGGCACCAGAAGAGGAAUGUUUAUCACUGCAACAAAUGCCGGCUGCAGUUUCUCUUUGCCAAGGACAAAAUUGAACACAAGCUGCAGCACCAUAAAACCUUCCGUAAACCCAAGCAACUGGAAGGCUUGAAGCCAGGCACCAAGGUGACAAUCCGGGCUUCCCGGGGGCAGCCACGAACUGCUCCUGUACCCUCCAGUGAUGGACCUCCUGGCAGCUUGCAGGAAGCAGCGCCACUGGCCUCCUCAGCAGACCCUCUGCCCGUCUUCCUUUACCCCCCCGUCCAGCGCAACGUCCAGAAGAGAGCUGUUAGGAAAAUGUCAGUGCCUUCUGCUGGAGGCUGGGGGCCGGGUGGGCACAGCUGUUCCCGAGAGCCAGUGUCAUCUGGUAGCCUUUUAAGCCGAGUCUGUUGCCUGAAUCUCUACAGUUUGUGGACCCCCGAGGCAGUAAUAAGAUUUUCUUUGUUUCUCUCCAGGAGUGUCAUGGGCCGGCAGACGUGUCUGGAGUGCAGCUUUGAGAUCCCAGACUUCCCCAAUCAUUUCCCCACUUACGUUCACUGCUCUCUGUGUCGCUAUAGCACCUGCUGUUCUCGAGCUUAUGCCAACCACAUGAUCAACAAUCAUGUUCCACGGAAGAGCCCCAAGUAUUUGGCUUUGUUUAAAAAUUCUGUGAGUGGAAGCAAGCUGGCCUGCACUUCAUGUACCUUUGUUACCUCUGUGGGAGAUGCCAUGGCUAAGCAUUUGGUAUUCAACCCUUCUCAUAGAUCCAGUAGCAUCCUGCCACGGGGACUCACUUGGAUAUCUCACUCAAGGCAUGGCCAGACUCGUGACCGAGCUCACGACCGGAACUUGAAAAACUUGUACCCUCCUCCUUCCUUCUCCUCUAAUAAAGCUGCCACUGUGAAGUCUGCUGGAGUCACCGCAGCUGAGCCUGACGAGCUGCCGGCCCCCGCGGCCCAGGCACUCCCGUCACCGGCCUCAACUGCAACGCCACCGCCAACCCCCACGCAUCUCCAGACUUUGGCCCUUCCACCCUUGGCUGCGGAGGAGGCCGAAUGUCUGAAUGUUGAUGACCAGGAUGAAGGGAGCCCAGUCACCCAGGAGCCUGAGCCAGCAUCAGGGGGUGGUAGUAGCAGUGGGGUUGGCAAGAAGGAGCAGCUUUCUGUGAAGAAGCUUCGAGUGGUCCUGUUUGCCCUAUGCUGCGACACGGAGCAGGCAGCUGAACACUUCCGAAACCCCCAGCGACGCAUCCGGCGUUGGCUCCGGCGAUUCCAGGCCUCUCAGGCGGAGAGUCUGGAGGGCAAGUAUCUGAGCUUAGAGGCGGAAGAGAAGCUGGCCGAGUGGGUGCUGACCCAGCGGGAGCAACAGCUACCUGUAAAUGAGGAGACCUUGUUCCAGAAAGCCACCAAAAUAGGACGCUCCUUGGAGGGGGGAUUUAAGAUCUCAUACGAGUGGGCUGUGCGUUUCAUGCUGCGUCACCACCUGACUCCCCACGCACGGCGAGCUGUGGCCCACACUCUACCUAAGGACGUGGCGGAGAAUGCAGGACUCUUCAUUGAAUUUGUACAACGACAGAUUCACAACCAGGACUUGUCCUUGUCUAUGAUUGUGGCUAUUGAUGAGAUCUCCUUGUUCCUUGAUACGGAGGUACUGAGCAGUGAAGACCGAAAGGAAAAUGCCCUGCAGACAGUGGGCACAGGGGAGCCUUGGUGUGACGUGGUACUGGCCAUUCUGGCAGAUGGCACUGUUCUCCCUACCCUGGUUUUCUACCGAGGACAGAUGGAUCAGCCUGCUAACGUGCCAGACUCUAUCUUGCUAGAGGCGAAGGAGACUGGCUACAGUGACGAUGAGAUCAUGGAGCUGUGGUCAACCCGCGUGUGGCAAAAACACACAGCUUGCCAGCGCAGCAAAGGCAUGCUGGUGAUGGACUGUCACCGCACUCACUUAUCAGAAGAGGUGCUGGCCAUGCUUAGCGCCUCUAGCACUUUGCCUGCGGUUGUCCCCGCAGGCUGCAGCUCCAAAAUCCAGCCAUUAGAUGUUUGCAUCAAGCGGACUGUCAAGAACUUCCUGCACAAAAAGUGGAAGGAGCAGGCUCGGGAAAUGGCAGAUACUGCGUGUGAUUCUGAUGUCCUGCUUCAGCUAGUUCUGGACUGGCUGGCUGAGGUGCUUGGUGUUAUUGGGGACUGUCCAGAGCUAGUUCAGCGGUCCUUCCUGGUGGCUAGUGUUCUACCUGGCCCUGAUGGCAACAUGAACUCACCCACACGAAACGCUGACAUGCAGGAGGAGCUAAUUGCCUCCCUAGAGGAGCAGCUAAAGCUGAGCGGGGAACAGUCCGAGGAACCCUCAGCUUCCACUCCUCGACCCAGGUCAUCUCCUGAAGAGACAAUUGAGCCUGAAAGCCUUCACCAGCUCUUUGAGGGUGAAAGCGAGACCGAGUCUUUCUAUGGCUUUGAAGAAGCUGACCUAGAUCUGAUGGAGAUUUGAGUGUUGGCAUCAUAAAGGGGUGUGGAGUAGGGGUGGGAAAGCGUGAGGGAGGGUAGAUAAAGGGGUAUACCAAGUGGGGGUAUUUGGUUUAUAUUUUUUAAUUUUAUGCCACCACUCCCCCCUGAUGUUGACUUAUUAUACAUCCCUGUGGAUUUGUGGAUUAUUAGGAAAACCUAUAGCGAUCACGUCUGAGCCGAUGAGCUGGCCUGUUGGUCAUUCACUUCUGCUAAAAACAGGUUUUUGUGACUUUUUUUUAAAUUUAAAUCACUGUGUUUGGUAUUUUUCUGACAAAAAUCAAGAAAAAGAAAAAAAAAUCCUUUGUGGGCGAAUGUUAAAUUUUUUGUUUCCCCUUUUACCUCAACUGUAUCAUAGUACAUCUGGGUUUUGUUUGUUUUACUGUGUGGCCAAUGUCUUUGGGCAUGAUGCUAUCCAACCAUUGUCAAUGUGAGAACAUUUCUGAAGAUGGGAAAGACAAACAUUGUAGUUCACAAACUGGUUUAUUAUAUAUAUAUAUGGAUAAAAGAGUUUUUUCAUUGUGGUCUUAACACUUUUAUAUAAAAAUGAAAAUGGAAAAAGAAUCCCACUGAACUCUCUCUUCCUUCUCCUUUCUUUCCUUCCCUCUCCAGAGAUGUUGGUUUCCACAGCAACUCUAGAUAUAAAAUUGUGGCUUUAAAAAUGCAUGAAACCACCUUUAAUCAUCCAGAAUGACGAGUAGAUUUCUUUUUCCUCACCACCCUCCCUCCAACAAAAACACAGCAAAACCAAUAUUCUUUGCACUCGUGAUCCUUGGCCCCCUUCCCCAUUCUUACACCAUCCCUCUGGACAAAGGAUCAUACAUGGGUCAUUAGCAAACAAGAGGUACUGAGGUGAUCACACAGAACCUUAGGGUGGAAGCCAUUUCCAGUGUAUGGGUCUUCAUCCUGCAAUCCACGGGGCAGUCCCUGCUUUGUCGAACUUCCUAUUAAGUGGACAGCAUAUUUGUUCAAGGGAUCACAUGUCCUCCAGCCAGCAGCUAACUGCAAGAAGUUGUAUUGAACUUUAAAAAGACCACUUGUUGAAAUCCUGCUUACCCUGUGGCUUUCCCCUAUUACUCUUAAUGCUUAGAGAAGAAUCUGACCUGAAGAAGAAACACAUAAGGGUGUGCACAAAGAAAAAGACAUGAAUCUUUAUUUUUCACUGCCAGCUUCAAGGAAAGAAAAUUUUUUCUACAAUUUGCAUGAGGGAAUUUUUUUUAAUCGUAUGUACUCAUGGCUAUAGACUGAAACGUACUGUAACAGAAAAAAGGAGCAAAAAAAAUCCAGGUCUACCUUUCCCACAGCUAUACUAUCCUUCUGUCCAUCCUGAGGCUUUCUGCAACGUUUCCCUUCUGUGAGCCAAGGAGGCAACCCGUGUAGGCUUGUAAAUGGUUCAUCUUUAAAAUGUACAUAAGUGGAACAUUUAAUAAAAUGAGGGGAAAUGGAUUUAUAAGCAAUGUGGUUUUUUUCCUAGGUGACCCUAUUUGAACAGGCUUUCACAGACUGGGAGGUGCUCAAAAUGUGAUGGGCCUGGUGGUAUACCACCUGUUUCUCCUCAUCUGUUUUUUUGUGUUUUUUAACUCCCAGCACACUAUAAUAUAGUGAACUGGAGUGUUCCCUUCCGUAAACAGCUUGGCCAGCUUUGUGAACCCAUGGCAUAUGAAAACUGAAUGGAGGAACCACCUGGGCUUCUCUUCCCCAGCUUUUUGCCUGAUGCCAUUUUGACAGAAUAUGGACUUUUGAGUCAAAACUUUGCCUUUCAGAAAGUUCAAGAACUAUGGUCAACUCUUAUGUACAGUGACUAACCUUUCUCUUUGGUAGUCUCCGAAGCAGCCCCAGACUUAGCAGAGCUGGGUUCCUGGCCUCUGCACACUGUAUGACUUUCCUGAUGGGUGAUUUUUCUAAGGCCAUAGUACCAACAGUGGAUCGGCUGGGUUUUGGCCAGGAAGUUAUUACUUUUGUGGAUUCUGCCUGCAUGGCUUAGUAGUAGAAGGAAGUUUUUUUUGUUUUGUUUUUUAUAAUUCAGUUUAAUCAAUAAACAAGUAUUUAUUGACUA